AUGAUCCAGAGCAGUUUCGAUUUUCUGCUACUGUCGCUCCUUUCCAUUCCCUUUUCUUAUGUCAAUUAUUUGUUUCUCAUAGAGGCAAUUAAACCCUUGACUCCUCUUAUACAGCAGGCCUGUCGGAGAUUGCAAGAUUUAAGCAGCUUGGAUAUUCGCUACACUUAUUCACUCAUCGUCAAGCUUAAUUCUCUUUCAUGCUCAGUAACAAAACUAUACGAAGAAGUCUUUAAAGACACCUUUGGGUCUGUGUUAAUGGCAUCCUUACUCGGGGCUACCACUACCGCUGUUGCAAUUUUAUCCAUUGAAGCUGGCCGAAAGCACGCGUAUCGUAUUCAAGCGGUGGUCGUUCCAAUAAUUUUGCUAUCCGGAAAUACAUUCGGUAUCUCUGUUAUCUUACCACUGGUAUGGAUUCCAUUGAAUGGAAUCACUCAAUACAUGAACAGAUACAAGAAAUCCAGCAAUCAUAAUUAUAUCCACCCAUUUCGCGUAGUGGCUAUCAUGGCAGCCGUUAUAUUCGGACAAAUUUUGGUAUCAGCUCUUCCUUUCAUGGCCAAAAACCCAAGCCAGUUCAGAACUGCCUUGACGAUACUACAGUUUGGUCCCAUCAUAUAUUCGACAAUCGAAUGGGUUUGCACCUUCCUGAGUCGAUCUAGUUGCUUUGCACACGAAAAUCAGCAACCAAUUACUCGUGCAGACGCUAUGCAGAGUAAAAUAUUUGUACAGCAACUUUACAUGACACUGACAGUAGCGAAUCUAAUUCUUCAUUACGGUAUCAUUGCCUAUAUAUUUCUUCAAGACCUUAAGGUUGUGCAAACCCUAGCAAGUAUGUUACGAGCUCAGCCAUGGACUGCGGCUAAUAGCACUGGUCUGAAUGCUGGUUCCUUAUAUAUAAGUAUCAAUCUCAUUGCUCUCGUAUGUACCUUUGCGUACUGGGCGGCUCUAGAUGGUGGAUUGGAUGGUCUUAUUCUCUACGGUUUAUCUUGCCUCGUGCUAGGUCCAGGUGCUGGUUUAGCCGCCUACUGUUGGGUGAGGGAGCAGUCCAAACACGAUCAGUAUAUACUAGGUAAAGCCUGA